UUGAGUCGGUCGAAAACUUUUGCGGUAGCCUCUGAAACAGUAUCAGUUGAUGGCGAGAAUUUCAGUCCAGAAGAUGAUCCGGUACAGCUGGAAUUCUUGAUGGGGCCGCUGUGUCCAGUGGAGGUACUUACGCAAAGAAAUAGUGACAUGUUUGACUUGGAAAGUGAAUGGCUUCUCCAUCUAUUACAAGCCGUCUUGACCAAGAUCCGCGACGAAGGGUCUAUCGGCUCCUUACCCGUUGAAGGUGUUCCUGUGGGACGUGGUGACACAGUCCCAUCAACUUCUCUUCUAAUAUUUGCAAUGGCCCUUAUGGCGCAGUUAUAUCCAGCGAAUCUUUAUCCUACGGUAGUUCAGCUGAUUGCCAUGGUUGAUUGGAAAGCGAGCAUAAUAGAGAUCAACGAUCACAAUUACAGACAAUUCCUACUAUUUCGGCUUAUUUUCGUGCUGCUCCUAAAAUGUGGAGAGCAUCUGGAGAAUAGAAAGAAGAACGAAAAGGAAACUGAAGAUAAACGAGCCAGUUCGAGUACCACCAUGCUACCAGAUGUAGACACAGUAUCACCAUCAAGUUCUGUGCCGUCGGUCUCAGUGGAAUUCGGGGCAUCAGCGGAUGGCUCAAGGGAAGCCACUCCUGUAAGUUCGGAGGAUCGGAUAACGACAAAACGUCGCAGUACAGAGAAACUGCUUGGACAGAUCGUGAAUCAGCUUUGCAAUGCUGGUGCGCUAGAGUUCUGUCGUGAUUUGCUGGAAAGUGUUGCUAGUUAUUGGCGUACAGCAAGAGAACACAGAGCAGCACCCAGAGCCUGGUCACGCGACGGUGGGGCGAGCUCGAGCGAGUCUUCUGUAUCAGGGAUAUCAAGCGGAGCAACAGGGGUUAUGGAUGCCCGCGAACACUACUACACAAUGAUUACUGAUGUUGCAUUGCGAUUACCUUGUCAGAUGAGGCGAAUUCUGAGCGAUGUGAAGUUUGACGAAAGAUGGCAGCGAAUCCUUUGCGAGCUGGUCUCCUAUCAACACGCUCCACAACUCCGCAGGCAGAGCAAAAAGGUUCUGCUGGCGAUGUUUAAUGGAGACAAGCAGAAGUAUCGUGAAGUACGCGAUCAGCAUAUGAUGCGAGCACAUAUUGAGCUGCUGAAGAAGAAAUACACCCAGAGCAGUAAUUUCAACCAUCAGCAACUCACCGAAAUGGUCGACAUAGUGAGUGCAGUUGCCGUGACUGCGAAUCAGCGAACAGCGUUGUGGAGGAGCAUUUGCGAAGAGCAGGUUUGUCUAGCUCGACAAUUUUUUUCAUCUAAACUGGCUGCUGCAAUUAGCAUGUCGGGUAGCCGAUGCUGUCUCGUGCAGUGUGGUGGACCUGUUGGUAUCAGCAAUUCGCGAAACACCUGGACGACAGGGGUGAAAAACAUCCUUUGGCGUGUAACAAGGUGCUUGCACCUUGUCUAUGGGAGGAUAAUAUAUGACGAGAAGAAUCGAUGUCUCUUGAUGAUGUUGCUUGUGCGUUAUUUGAUCGGACGCGAUGAAAACCGGAGAUGGCUAAUGCAUGGUUUACUGAGAUCAACAAUUCAAUUAGCCAGCCGUCAGAAUCAGAUGACGUUGCUACGGAUUUUGUGGAAUGAUCUAUGGCCACUUGCGAGAGGUCUUGGGGAUCAUGCCGCGCAGUUGGCAGAUAUACUGUCCACCUAUGCCUCACGUCUAUUUAGUUCGUCAGAGAUGCAGGCAGUAUGCGAUGCUGAGCUUGAAGCGAUAAGUUCAACAGUUGCCAGGAUUGAAAAGGAAGGGCACGCUGGCUGGUAUCGUCAAAUGACCGGACUUGGAUUAGGAUGGAAAACUAUGCUUAUGGACACUAGUCCAUGUCUCGUCUGCUUUUCUAGGAAGGACGUCGCAGAGACUAUAAAGUUGAAUUCGAUUAAGCAAGAAGCACGUUUCUCUGCAAAUGCGAUGAUGCUGAAGUUGACUUGCCACUAUGAAAUCAGCAAAGUGAUAAUCAAACUAACGGACGUGAAGCGCAAUAAGAUGAUCAAACGGGUUAAUCUGUUUUACUGUCCAAAGACAGUGGAGUCGGCCGUUGAGUUGAAAACAUGUCCAGAGCUAUGGCAACGCGCAUCAACAUGCAGCUUCUCUGAACUGACUGAGAGUCGCCAGAACCAGGAACUCCACUGUCCGCGAUGUUCUUCGGUUGUACAGCCAAAUCCAGGUCUAUGCGAACACUGCGGUGAGAAUGUUUUCCAAUGUGUGAAAUGUCGUGCCAUCAAUUACGAUGAGAAGGUCGUUUUAGAGGACCCGUUCCUGUGCCAGUCGUGUGGUUUCUGUAAAUACGCUCGCAUGGAUAUUUCAUUAGUCUGUCGACCAUUACCAGGAGUCCAGCCAAUAACUACGGAUGCUGAGCGAGCGGCAUGUGUGGAGUCAAUGGCUCGUCUGCUUUGUGAAAUGGAACAAACUCGUGCUCAGUUGGCAGCAGGUCGAGCCCUCAGCGAGUCCUUGUGGCUUCAAUCUCGUCCACUACCACCUAUAAGCUUCCAUGUCGAAAGUCCCGAUGCGGCAAACGCACUCAUUGCCGCUCUUCCUCCGAUUAAUCACCAACAGCCUGCAAUCCAUGCCCUGCUGAUGACUACAACUCACUGCAAAGCACUGCAUGAAGAGUUAUGCAUGCAAACACAGCAACUAAUCGCUUUCCGCGAAGAAUUGCGUGGUUAUGACCGUAGCGUUAAAACGGCACCACUUCUGCAUCAAGCCAUCAAUCAGGGAUUUUACAAUGCAAGCUCAAAUUGUUUCGGAUGUUUGCGAGCCAGUAUCUUACACUCGCUGGCUAUUCUACAGAGCUCUUGUGAUGACGUGACGUGCCUAGAACGACUACUGGAUUCUGAUAUAGUCUUUGGUACCCUAGUCGACCUGUCCAACAAGUAUGAGCCCAUCAAAGAAGAAAUCGAAAUGUUGCUCUGUCGUUUGUCACUCGAAAAUGAAAAGGGAACAGAGAAGUUGUGUGAGCUGGUUAUGUCUGGAAAGAUCAGCGGAACUGUACUUGCCCGUUCGCUGAACACUUUCCCAGAUUCGCUGUGGCAGCAGAAGUUCCGUGGGUUGCUGAAGGUAAUUUAUUAUCGAAUAGACUACUUGUUGUGUGAGCUGGUUAUGUCUGGAAAGAUCAGCGGAACUGUACUUGCCCGUUCGCUGAACACUUUCCCAGAUUCGCUGUGGCAGCAGAAGUUCCGUGGGUUGCUGAAGAGCGCAAUGAAGUUCAAUGAUCAUGACACGACGUUGGCGGCCCUGACAAUCAUUGACAAGUGCUUGGUGGAUGCGAAACCGACCAGAAAGAGAAUCUAUCGCAAGCUGCAACAAAGAAGACGUGGGAUUUCCGGUGAAGUAUCCCAGGUGACUGACAAAAGGUUCAAAGAUAAGGGUAGUUUUAUAAAUUGGCCGUUAUUUUUCAAGAACCUCCUUGAACGUCGUCGUAUAAAAAUUGCUAAUCAUGACUUCGGCGAAUGUGCAUCGUUUGGUGAUUGGCUGUCCGGAAAGCUGGAUUACAAUAACAGCUCUUGUCAAGCCCCACCAACUAAAAAACCGAGAAUGCGAGGAGACUGUGCCCCGGACACUAGCAAGGAACACGAUGCAUGGCUAUGGCGCUGUUUGUUCUCGCCAUGGAUAGCAGUUCGAGCAGCUGCGGCGAGAAUCAUCGUGGCUGUAGCCGCUCAACCAGGACACCUUGGUGCAGCGGUCUCUGUACUGCUGCGUGGUCUUCCGAUGGCAUCGGUAGCUCCGCCGGCAAUGACUGACCAUUUCUUCCGCGCCGCUCAUGCCAUCAUAGGAGGCGGACCAAGCAUAAAGGCUCGCCUCUAUUCUGAAGGACUUCAUGUGUGGUUAAUUAAGGUGAUUUACAAGGAAUGCAAACGCAUGCAUGAAGAAGAACAGCAGGAGACGAGUACGGACCAUUCGUUUGGUACGCUAUUGCGUAGUUAUGUUGAACUUCUAUGUCUACUGCUCACCGGCAGUGGUGUAGACGCGUUGAAGUUGAAAGCUGCAAGAGAUCACAUCCUUGUGCCGCUGUUCCAGUCGACGAUAUUCUUGAAAAGGGUGCUUCUGAGAAGAACGCGAGCUGUAGAGGCUUCUCGUUGUUCACUCGAACGUCUCCUGCGCCGCAUUUCGUCCAAAGAUCCACUAAUGUUGAUGCGUGCAGCUGUGCAGUCAUUGGAUGCCAUAGAUGAUUUGAACACUCAGAUAAUAAAUAAUUUCUGUCCCCAAGACCGCUUUCACACCUUAUCCCACCCACUUGCUUGUGUGCCUUUCGUAGCUCAGAGAGCGCCGUGGAUAUCGCCUCGUUCGGCUGAUCCUCACCGCGACUGUAUAAGCCGCACGCACAUAUUGUGUCAGUCAUUUUGGAUGUUCUCAACCCAGAACAAAAGGAAGAGGAAGAUUUUUCAUAUACAAAUUGAGAAAGAUCCUGCACAGGAAGACUUCCUCCAGGGAAGGAUGACCGGCAAUCCAUACAAGUCUACGGAUGUCGGUCUCGGCCCGCUUAUGCGAGACAUAAAGAAUAAGAUCUGCCGUGAUACUGAGAUGAUCGCUCUUAUGGAAGAUGACAAUGGAAUGGAGCUUCUGGUGAACAAUCAGAUCAUUUCGUUGUCUCUGCCAGUACGAGCCGUCUAUGACAAGUUAUGGAAGAAAGCGAAUCCCGGACAACCGAUGGUGAUCGUUUAUAGAAUGCGUGGUUUGCUUGGAGAUGCAGUAGAGACGUUUGUGUCCACACUUGGUGAAGCUGACGGAGGCGAGGCAGAAGAGGACGAGACACUAUCGUCACUAACUGGUGCUUUGUCACAGUGUGGUGGCUUAACGCGGGCGCUACGGUUGAUUGGCUUGGCUGAUACCGGAAGUGCUGGCAGGUUCCUCCUUGGUCAACUACGAAAACUCUUCGAACGUUGUGUGAAAACAGAACAAGGACGAGUGGACCUAGUAUCGUCGGGUGCUAUCAAUGCCUUCAUGAAGGUGCUACACUCGUGCGUGUCCCUUCGCUCUACGGAUGAAGGCGUUCUCCAAAUAGGUCUUGAAUAUCUUCAAAUGAUUUCUGCCAUAGUGAAUGAUCCAGCUGUGCAUCCGAUCUUGACCGGUAUUUCCAAGGAAGACGCUGAAUGGCUUUUGUCGUUUGUAAUGGCACGUCCUGAUUCCGGUUCCGAAAGCGUGAACAAGUUCUGUGCUCAAGUUUCACGAGUCAUCGGUAACCUCGUUGUGGGUAACGAGGAAGCUGAGAAAGCUCUCAUUGCCAUGUACAUCUCAAAACGUGCCAGUGGAAAGAAAUUGACGAGACAAAAACAGUCUCCUCGUCUUGCAUUUGCUACCCGUGCCUGUACGAACAAAAAUGGAGAUUUCAGUGAUGUCUCACUUCGAAGUGAGCGUGUGGUAGCUGUUGGUAGACUGUGUGAAGUGACUGCGGGAAUUCUCAACAGUGCCGAAGCCGCAAAGCUGAAACAGCUGAUUUUGGAUAGCGGUGUUCUGUCUAAAGCAUGCUCACAUCUUGUGUCAAAUCAUCCGCCACUCUAUUCGGCUACUGAAUCUCAAGAAUGGAAAGCGUUCCUCCUCCGGCCGUCCUUGAAAUUGAUGCUGUCGUUCAUGCAUGGAAUGGCGAGAUCACAUGAAGCAAGUCAACGAGCUCUGGCCGAGAAAACGUUGCACAUACUUCCACCGUUUAGAGCAGGUGGCUUUCUGGACAAUUCCAUAGGCACCAUGGCUGAGAAUGUUGUUGAAGCACUCAAAGAGAAUACUGAGGUAGUGUUUCACUCGUGUCUUCUAGCUAUCUUGGAAAGCUUGUCUUCAAGCUCUCUUUAA